AUGGUCUCCAUGCGGCGCAUUGCGGUAGCCACGAGCUCGGCGACCAUCCGACUGACGACCUUCUUGUUUCUGCGAUGGAUCCCUGGUCACCACUUUGUGCCUCUCGUGGUUACCUCCCUAGUGGUGUAUCUGUCCUCAAUUUUCUCCCUGCUCAAGGACACCCAGCCUCACCAAACCCAGACGGCUAGAGCCCGAGGGUAUAAAUCAGCGUCUAGCCGUGCCAAAGCCGGCGAUUCUGUGCUUAAAACGCUGUUAACAGGACUACCCUCAACAAAGUGGCCCCUGUGGACCAGGAUCACAAUAUUGAUCAAUGUCAUCCUGGCCCUGUUAACACUUGACUUCUUGACCCGUGGUAUUCUACUUUAUCCUACCACGAAUGUCGCAUUCUCGCGCGUUGGAUAUGUCUCCCCGACCACUGCCAACUUGGUCUUUCGCGAGCCAGACUCGGCUCGCCUACCAGUGGCAGUCAUGUUCCAAGAGAUAUCUCCACUGAGCCAGGACUGGUACGAAGAGGGCAUCGUUUACAAGCUGGAUAACUCCACCGACUUCACCACGAGUGUCACCCUAACCGACCUGAAGCCGGCGACACGAUAUCGCUACUCGCUAUCAAACAACAAGUCAGGCACAUUUAUCACGGCACCAUCGCCCGAAACCCCAGAAGCAAGCCGACUAUCUUUUGUAACAUCAAGUUGUCUAAAGCCAAACUUCCCUUACAGCCUACUAUCACACCCACUACGGGUCCCAGGCAUCGAGCAAAUGACCGAUGCCCUCGCCAAAUUGCCCAAGCUUCUUCGCCCAGCAUUCAUGCUCUUCCUAGGCGACUUCAUCUACAUAGAUGUUCCCUGGCGCUUCGGCUCAGCAAUGUCCCACUACCGCAGCGAGUACAGGCGUAUCUACUCCUCCCCCUCCUGGACCCACGGACCAGAAGGUAAUCGCGCCAUCGACCUCCCCUGGCUGCACACUCUCGAUGACCACGAGAUCGAAAACGACUGGUCGCAGGGUAACAAAACCGCCCCGUACCCGGCAGCAGCAGACCCCUUCAUCCACUACCACGUGCGAGGAAACCCACCAAUCCCACAAGCGCCAUUCGCCCACCCAGAUAAUGUAACCUACUUCGCCUUCACGCACGGCCCAGCCUCAUUCUUCAUGCUGGACACACGCACCUACCGCACCGAGCCCUCGCACAAGAACUCAACCAUUCUCGGCGAUGCCCAGCUGCAGUCCCUCCUCGCGUACAUCUCAACCCCAGAGCCAGCAGGUACACACUGGAAAAUCAUCUCCUCCAGCGUGCCCUUCACCAAGAACUGGCACGUUGGCACGACAGAUACCUGGGGCGGGUUCCUGGACGAGCGGAGCGUCGUCUUUGAAUCAAUGUGGCGCGCAGAGCGCGAACAGGGCAUCCGCAUCGUCCUGCUUAGCGGUGACAGACAUGAGUUCGCUACCACUAGGUUCCCAGACCCGGAACUCAACCUAGGUCGCGAUCAGCUUUUGCCGAAUACGGCUGGGCUGGGAGUGCAUGAGUUCAGUGUUGGUCCCCUAAGCAUGUUUUACCUCCCUAUCCGUACGUACCACCAGACAGACUCCGAGGAUGUUAUGGUGAAGUAUGCGCCGAAUGGGAAUAGUAAGUUUGGGCUUGUUGAUAUUUCGGAUGUGGUUGAAGAUGUUGGUUCGGCUACUGCUGCGGCGCCUGUUCGCGCUCGUAGCUCGGUUCUUACUUACACGUUGUAUGUGGAUGGGGAGGUGGUUUGGAAGUAUCGUCUUAGCGUUCCAUUAGACCGCGAUUCGAGUGUGCAUACCCCAUCUUUGCCGCCAGGCCGUGUGGUUGAGGAUGAUAUUCCGGAUCUUAGUUGGAGUGUGGUACUUGGGACUGUUGUGGGACGGGUGCCGGAGUUGACGAAAAGGGUUGUUGAGGCAGUUAAUGAUCUCUACUUUCAACUUGCGGAUCAACUGUGGAAGAUCGAGAGACUUGAUUAG